CGUUUUCUUCCCAUUUUCAGAGUGACGGUCCCCGGCUAUCAGGGCAACCUGCAGGCAGCCGUGUCGCACACCUCUGCGCUGGCCGCCUGGGAACGCUUCGGUGUCGAGUUCAUCCUGACCUUCGUCGUGGUCCUAUCCUACCUGAUCUCGACCAAUUCGUACAAAAAGUACUUUGGCUCGUCGGCGAUUGCCAUCGGGGCGGCCUACAGUGCAUGCAGUUUCGUCUCGAUGCCUUACCUGAAUCCUGCGCGGUCACUAGGGCCAUCUUUCGUGCUGAAUAAAUGGGACAACCACUGGGUCUACUGGGUAGGUCCACUGAUAGGAGGAAUGGUGUCCGGAUUGCUGCAUGAGUUCAUCUUCAGCACCAAGAAGACGUCCAAAAAAUCGAAGGAUGACGUCGAUUCCAGCGUAAACUCCGACGAGGAUAUCAACUACGAUAUGGACAUGGACAAGCCUCAACAAUCGGGAAAGUACCACACUUAUCGGCCUUCAAGUGGAACCCUCGUUAGCCAACAGCGCUUCUGCCAAAGCAUCUACACUGCCGAACCAACCUCGAAGACUGAUCGCGUUGAAUCGAUCUACGGUGGCACCAAAUCUAUGUACUGUAAGUCUCCUCCGUUGACCCGUGCCAACCUGAACCGAUCGCAGUCAGUCUACACCAAAAGCAACACUGCCCUGAACCGUGACAUGAGCAUCCGCCCUGGACCCCUAGUUCCUGCCCAGAGCCUAUACCCGUUGAGGGUCACCCAGCCACAGAGUUCACAUCUACAGAACCAGAACGUUCAGAACCAACUUCAACAGCGAUCAGAAAGCAUCUACGGCAUUCGAAGCUCUAUGCGUCAGCAAGGACCUCCGGAACGAAUGCCCCAACAACUACAGCCCCAUCCCCAAGCGGGUGAACCACAAGGCUUCCAACCAAUCUACGGCUCCCGCAACAAUCCCAACUGCUCAUCAGAUGCCUUGAAAUUUGACCGGGAACCUCGUGAAAAUAGCCGUGACGACUCCAUGUCCUCCAAGUUCUCCCGCUCCACUCGGCCAGAGUCCAUGUACGGCCAACGCCGGGUACAGUCAGCCCAAUCGGAUGACAGUUCCUACGGGUCAUACCAUGGACCAGGCCCUGCCAUAACUCCGCCAACCCGCAACGCCAGCAAUAGCAGCAGCAACUACAACGGCCAAAUGAUGCUGCCAAACUACGGACCAGGUCCAGUGGGGAUGGCCCAAAUGCAAUCAGAACGCAAAGCAUCGACUUCUUCGCAGCAGCAGCAGCAACAACAACAACAGCAACAGACCAUGGGCAACCGAACGCCAUCUAGUAUACAGAACACCAACCUCCCACCGCCACCACCUCAGCUGCAAGCCCAUCCAGGGGGCUACCCAAUGGCCCACGCCGUGCGGCAGAACUGAACUACCCCGGAGAACCCUAGUGCCAGAAUUUAGAAAUAUGUAAAAAUGUGUGGUUUUCUUGUUUGUAAGUUAAGGUCAGAUUUUUACUACGGUUAGAUAGUCCGGGUUUUGAAUUAGACAGUGGUUUUUACGAGAGAUUUUAUUUAUUGCUAUUCUUUUUUUUUAUAUAAUUUCCUACUAUUAACUCUUUAUGUCUUCUACCAAGUAACGAAACACGACCUGGAAAAUUUAAAUCUUGGUUUAACGUCAGGAAACGAAAUACUGAUAUUUAAAGACUGAUGAAACCCACUUUUGAGUAUAGAACAUUUAUGUAUACAUCUUAGGAAACAGUUGUUGAUACUUUUUGGACAUCCAAUGGUUUCAGUUAGCAAAAGUAAUAUAAAAACCGUUCAUAUAAAGUUCGAUUCCAAAACAUGCCACAGGAAUAUCAGUCGCCGUGUGAUUCACGACAUUCAUAAGGAAGCAAUUUAUACCUAAUCGUUUUCGGUAGUUCCGAAAGCAGUUCGCGAAAAAUUGUCACUGCACUCAUAUGUAUUUGAUUUGGAACAUAAAAACUGAUUUGGAAAUAUGGAUCGUUGCCUUAUGAUGAACCAUGGUUUGUUGAACCACAAAACAUGUAGAAUAUCUCUAGAACAACAAUAAAUCACUUUCAAAUCAAAUGAAAACUAUGAAUCUGCGAUUCAAUGACACAUAAUACAGGCGACAGCGACAGACAGGCGACAGAUAUUACCAUUCAAGUGAAGCUAGAAGAUCACCUACUAGCGCUAUAUAUUCUCCUUUAGAAUUCUCCAAUCUAUUAGAAAUUUGUAAACGCGUUAGAAACUUAGUACAAAUGUAUAUAUAAAAAAUGUUUCUAGAGUAACCCUAGAUAGACAUAGUUUAUGAAAACGAUCAAUUAUUUCGAUCGACACCGGUAUCAUGACAAUUAUUUGUAAAUCAAUACUCAAUCCAGCUUCAGUCGAAAAAUUUUCCUGCAGACAAACACCAUCAUAACCUGUAUACAUUUCUUCAAAGUGAACUGCCUGCAAAGAUUUGUGUCUGUUUGUCUUUAAUUUAUCAUUUCGGACAUUUGAAUAAAAAAAAAACAAAACUAGUUAGCUAGGUAAACUUAUCACGUUGUCAUGUUUAGGAAUUAGAAACUGAAUUUAGAUUGUUGUAUCGUCAUCAAACUGUAUAUAUCUCAAUAUAUGUCUGUAAGCGUAGGGGAAUACGAAAGGAUCUAUAAUAAAGAAUCAUUUUUUGAAAAUUA